CCGCGCGGGUCCCUCGGGGUCCCCUGGGGAAGCAGGACGCCGAUGAGGACGGGCCCGCCGGGAGCUCGCUGCCGCUAGACCCGUCUGUGCGCGCCGCCGCCCCGCGAUGCUGACGGCGGUCUGCGGCUCCCUGGGAUCGCAGCCCUCGGACGCGCCCCGCGCCUCCCCGACCCACCUGGACCUGCAGCCGCUCCAGCCCUUCCAGCCCCACGGCCCCGCCGCGCCGGGGGCCCCCGAUUUCUCCUCUCCGCUGCCCCCACCCGAGCUGCCUCUACCGGGACCCGACGACGCCGCUUUCGCCUCCCCCGGUGCCUACGAGCCCCAUGGCCCCCCGAGGUUAGAGCUGCCCCCCGACGGCCCCGCCGCCCCCGCAGCCUACGCCAAGCUGCUGCCGGCCGCCCCGGACAUGGCGCAUCCCUACGAGCCUUGGUUUCGACCCCCGCACCCCGGAGCCCCCGGCGAGGAGGGCGGAGGCGUCAACUGGUGGGACCUCCACGCCGGAGCGGCCAGCUGGAUGGAGCUUCCCCCCGCGCAGGGGGCUGGGGGGCUGCAGGUGCCCCCCGCGCACCCCGGCUUGCCCGCGGGCUUGGGCGGCUACGGAGGGGGCGAGCACCAGCUCUGCGCGCCCCCCGCCCACCUGCUGCCCCCGCCGGCUCAGCAUCUGCUGACCGCCGAGGGGGUGAAGGCUCUGGAGGGACCCCCGGAGCCUCGGGGGCCGGAGGGGGAGGGCGGGGGGCGGCCGAAGGGAGCCCGGCGGGCCGUGCCCAGGGGCGGGGGGCAAGCUGCGUGCCGCUGCCCCAACUGCCAGGAGGCGGAGAGGGGGGGCCCGUGCCCCGAGGGGGCGAAGCGCAAGCACCUGCACAACUGCCACAUCCCCGGCUGCGGCAAGGCUUACGCCAAAACCUCCCACCUGAAGGCCCACCUGCGCUGGCACAGCGGCGACCGGCCCUUCGUGUGCAACUGGCUUUUCUGCGGCAAGCGCUUCACCCGCUCCGACGAGCUGCAGCGGCACCUCCAGACCCACACGGGCGCCAAGAAAUUCUCCUGCCCCGUCUGCGGCCGCGUCUUCAUGCGCAGCGACCACCUGGGCAAGCACAUGAAGACGCACGACGGGGGCAAGGAGGGCAGCGAGGGAGAGGGGAAAAGCGCCGGGGACGCGGCGGCGGCGAAGGGAGGCAAGAGGGAGACGGAGGGGGGCACGGCCGCCCCCACAAACUGA